CAAAGUUAAAAUUUCGUUUAUAAACACACAAUUCAAAAUUAAAUUGGGAUUCUUGAGUGCGUCCGAAAUAAAUUGUAUUCGUGACUGCGGCCAGUCUACUUGUUGCCGCCGUUUAUGUUGUCUUUGUCAAAAUAAACAAAAAUCAGAUGGUCAAUUGUUUGGUAUUCCGUGCAGUGCGAAUAAUAGCAUAAAUAAAUAUUGCCCUUCCCAGCUCUUAUCUUAUCUGUACAGAGAGCAGAUAAGAGACAAUAACAUUUACUACUUAAUACAUUUGCAAAAAAAUGCCUCGACAGUAUUUUUCUGCUGAUCCUUCGAAACCUAAGCAAACGUUAAUAAGUAACUAUUUCGUAUGCAGUUCUAGAAUUCAAAUAUUGGGACAAAAUAAGGGGAAGAAGAAAGGCGGCAGUAUGAAGAAAAUGUCUAACAAUAACGAAGAUGAAACUGUAACGAUACCAUUCAAGAUACCUUGUUACGAAACAGAGUCAGAUGAUGAUGAUUUCCGAAGUGAUAGUGGAAAGUCGCAACAUAGAAAGUGGCGGUCCAUUUUAAGCGCUUCCUCUGAGGAUAAAACUGUGGCUAGGAAGUCACCUAGUAAACCUUCCCCAUCAAAAGGAAUCGUUAGAAAGAGGUCACGUGUUCGUCCCAUUAUUGAAACUGAUUCGUCCAGUGAUGUGGAAUUAGUAUCCUACACUGUUAAUGAGACGUUGAGCUCAUUAGAUGUAACUAUUGCAUCAGGUUCAGAUUUAGCAGAAGAUUGUCACAAUAAGGAAAACCAAAAAGUUGCAGAUAUACCAAAAAACAUCCCGAAGAUGUCAAUUGGUGUGUAUAGCCCUCUUAAAAAGAAUAGCCCCGAAAAAUUAGAUGAGAGUCUCACGAAUGAAUCUGCCGAUUUAGUAGUACUACCAUCAGACGAGUCCACAAUCAUAAUCGACCAAAAUGUUGAUAUUCCAACACCACAAUGUGUACAAAACAAACCACUGAUCUCCGUAAAACACAUAAGUACAUUGUCAAAUUGCCAAUUAUCUCCCAUUAGAAAUCCAGGAAAAAAAAAUUGGCAAGCUUCGACUAGUACAAUAAACACGAGCUCGCCAUGUACAGUAUUAGUAUCCAAGUCUACCAUUGAAUAUAAUGAAGAAACCGACAAUCCCAUUUCGCUGAAUAUAAUUCUGGAGAUUAUCAACUUUGUUGUGAAUCACGAGCGUUUACAAAAACUGUUGGUUUAUAAAGACACAGUCAUGCUACAUAACUUUCUUCAAUUAAACAGCAAGUACAUUUUUUUCUGUCUCAAACUGUAUACAAGAAUUAAAAAGUGGUACAACAUCUUUGAUUUACGAACUGCAAUAAAAUCGGAAUUAUCCGAUCCGGAAGUGAUGGCAAUGUACGAUUGUUUGAAGGGAAGCUUAUUUGUUGACACAGAUUACUCCACUGAGCCGAUACAUGACCUUUUGCAUCACUUACAUGUGAAAAUCUUAAGGGAGUUAUGUGUGGAAUUUAAAAUUCCUUUCUCAAAAGUGAAGAAGACCGACUUAGUUGACAAGCUUUUAAACAACUGCAACAAUCAAACGACUUUGACUAUUAAAAGUAGCAUAAGAGAUCUGUUAAUGAAUUCGCUUAAGAAGAAAAUGGGAUUCUGUAUGAAACUGAACGAAUACUUUUUUAAACUAUUAAACAAAGUGCAUCUCUUAUACAUGUUUACCACAAAUGAGUAUAUUCAGACAAGUGAUUUGUAUUUGUUCAUGAGCCGACUUAUGGAUGGAUCAAUUGUUUUGCCAUCAUAUCUUGUCGAUAGAAACGUUGAUAUAUUUAGGUCUAUUGAGGAGUUUAACAGCUUUCAUGAAGCUUUUCAAUGUUAUGCCUCUGUUUUAAUUGCCGCGGAUAAAAAGGACAGUGCUCUCAUUUACCAACUGGCUUGUAAAAUUUAUGAGGAAUUGAAGAAAAUUGUUGAGAGAAAUGUUGUGGAUAAUCGCCCAUCAUAUCUUCACAGAUUUACGCCAGGCCAUAAAUACACAAAGGCUUUAUGGCACGCAAUACCAUUUGUAAUAAAACCUCAUAAAGAAUUGGCCUGUGAGUGGUUAAAGUUUCUGUUGGACCAACGUCUAUUUUGCCAAUACUUACGAGGUGCAUGGUUCAUCCAAUUAACUAUAAUUCAAACCAAGCAUUUAAAAAAAUAUGACGAGGUUACCAAAACGUUGAUCGAUUCUUUGCAAGACACAAGCUUAAGAAACAUACAUCGAAUGGAAUUAAAUAAACGAGCUGAAAAGAUAAAACAUAAUAAAACGUACAAGAUAAGCCAAAUUGACUUCGGUACAAUAUCCUCUGUUCAGCCUCUUCCAAUUAAAAACUUACCUUAUCGAGAAAUCGACGCUCAAGCGUUUCGCAGCGAAAAUUCCGGCCAGAAACGUAACUAUUACAUAAGAAUAGAUAAUGGUUUCGAAUUGUACAGUGUAGAAGAAGUAGCUUUAAAUUAUUAUGAGCAGAAUUUUGGGCUAAAUGGCAUACACUGUGAGAACAGCCUGUUGAUAACAUCUUUCUUUUUGCUAUUUUGGGACAUAAUUUAUGAUCAUACCAUUCCUUCUGUUUUUGUUAGCGAAAUUCAACAUUAUCCGUUAGAUUUGUAUAGUACCGAAUUUUACACAAGUAGAAGAAGGAAGAUUGGUAAACGCCUUUCGGAAGUAGAAUCUGAGUGGACGGACAAAAUGAUGCAUCAGCUUAUUUGUGACGUAUGGAACAGAAAUUCACAAAAAAAAUCGUUCAUUCACUCAUCUCUUGUGGAGGACCCCGAGAGGUUGUUUGAUAUGCUGAUGUGCAUAGGACGCCCUAAGUUGAGAAAGAUUUUCGAACACUUUCUUGAAGAUUUUGGAAGUUACCGUUCUGGAUUACCUGAUCUAUUUUUAUGGAAUCUCGAUGAGAAAAGGUGUAAAUUUGUGGAGGUGAAAGGAGAAAAUGAUCAAUUAUCUGCCAAGCAAGAAUGUUGGUUAGAUUUUCUUCGGUCGAUUGGUGCUGAUGUCGAGGUGUGCUAUGUACAUACAACUGGCUCUAGGCGUAGAAAGCUUAGUUCGAACAAAACCGCAGAGAAAAGUAUUCCGCCAGCUAAGAAGCCACGUGCUAAAAAACAAAAUGUUCAAAAAAGGACGAUAAUCACUUCAAGUGACAGUGAAUCUUAAUUCUGUGAUUUCAAUGUGAGUUAAUAGUAAAAAUUCAUUAUUACGUAGUUUUAAUUAUAAAUUUUGUACCAAUAAAAGCAUUUUACAAUAAACUGAUUUAAAAAAGAAA